AUGAGUAACAAAACUUUUCUUGAUAUCGAUGAUACGAUAUUAACAAAAAACUUAACAUUACCUGAAACUAUAGCACAAGAAGACAAUUUACUGAAACAACUGGAUUCAAAACCCUUCUUUAUCAUUCAACCUACACCUGGAAUAUGUGUAAAAGCAAAGACUGAUGGAGGGGAAAAAAUUUUUUUAAAUAUAUGUAUGUCAGACAAAAUACCAGCACCUGAAGAUUUAUCUGAUACAAAACUUGAUGAGUUAUUGUCAGACGAAGAUCCAGAAUUUGUUUUACCUAUGAGUAUUGGCAGUGAAAGACUUGAAUCUGAUAAAGGUGGAUCUCCAUGCAUAACAUAUGAUAUUGCAAUUAAUACAACAUACUGUGAAAAAUGUCAGAAGAAGAAGACAUUUAUGUUCUUUACAAUAGCAAUUAUAAUGGAUGGUGUAGCAAAUAAGUUUAAUAAAAAUUUAAAUAGAUUAGACUUUGUAAUUCUUAAAAAUCGUAAGGUCAUGGGAAAACUGCAACCACACAGAAUUGAAGACCGUGGACCCAGAACACAUUUACAAGCUAGAAAGCCACUUAUUGAAGAGAUCAAGUCCUCUACAAAUGAAAUUUGUACGAAAGAAAAUAUAAUUGAUGAGACAGAAAGUAUCUCUUCAGAAUCUAUUAAUUCAAAAUUAAAUUAUGUAUUGCUGAAACAACCUUUAAAAGGAGCUGCAACAAAUUUGAUUGGUCUAUUUGAUAUGCCUAAAGGGAUUAUUGGUAAAGAUGUGGAAGUACUACUAGAUGAAGAUCGCAUUGUAAUUACUGCUGAUAAAACUGGACUUACAUAUGAUCUUUCACAUCCUUAUACCAUAAAUGUAGCCAGUGUAAAAUGUUUUUUGGAUAAAGAUCUCAGAGUACUGCGAUUGGAUAUGCCUGUCUAA